UGCAUCCUUUUAAGAAAUGGAAUUUUUUUCUUGGCAGGAUAUGUACAAACAAAGAAGAAAAGCGGACACGUGGUUAUGAGGGAAAGACCAAGGAUGCAUGUCAUUUAUUGACUGAGCUGCUGAGAAGAAACUUUUGAAGGUUCCAUUUAAUGACUUCCCCUGAACGAGCAAGGAGUUAUGUGAAACAGAAUACACAAGAUGACACAGAGUUAAAGGGUGACAAGUUCAGAGAUAAUGAUGAUGACUGUGAAGGGGAGGAUAAGAGAAAAUACAGGUCAAGCAAGUCAAGAAGGUCUGGCAACGGUGAAGAUGCUGAAGUUUUAGAUAGUGGAAGGAGGAGAAGUACUGUGGAGAGAACUGAGAGUCGUAAAAGGUCAGGUGGAUCAAGCAGAGCUGAUGGUGACGAGGAUGACUAUGAAACCAAAAAGGAAUCUCGAUCUAAGUUGAAGAAGAAACUGGAGGAGAAUACAUUGGAGAAAUUGAGCAAUUGGUAUCAAGAUGGAGAACUCGAGAGCAAGUAUGAUAAUGGAGAAAAAAAUGGGGCUAGAGGAUUUACUCGAGCUGAUGAAAGUGAUAAACGGAAAUCAACUGCAAAGUUUUCUGAUGGUGAUGGUUCAGAGACAAGAAAUAAAGGCAAAGGUGAAAAGUUAACCAGUGGAGACUUUGAAAAUGCAGUGGAAAAAGACUGUAGAUAUGUGGAAAGAAAGGAGAGUAGCAGAGAAAAGGCUCAUGGAUCUGAGCAGGCGAGAAUCUCAAGGAGAAGGUGGGAUGAAUCAGAUUCUUCCAGGAAAGUUGAAGAAAGCGAAUAUGGGGAAAAGCUUGAUGUAAGGAGUGGAAAACCAGGUGAUAUAAUGUUGGAGAGCCUCAAAGAUCCAGAUGGAGAUAAAGCUGAUAAAUAUCAGGACAGGGACGAAAGAAGAGCUGAUUCUGAUAGGAGUAGAAGAGUCCGAUCAGAAGCUAUAGAUGAAGACAGUAAAGGAGCUUUUCCGAUACGGGAAGAUAGAUUGGGUAAGGAUAGAUUGGGGGAGCAUAGGCAGGCACGAGAUCCCAUGAGUCGUGACAUAGUUGCCAGCCGUGAAAGAGUUGUAGAUGAUGAUAGUUCAUGGGUAACAGAAAGGAGCCGGAGAGAAACUGACUCCUCCAACAGGUCCAGGACACCUGAGAGGAGUGGGCGCCAUCAUUACGAUUCAGAAUGCCUUGAGAUGGAAUAUGAAAAAAGAGAUACUUUCAGGAGGAAAGAACAAGAAAAAAAUGGCUACAGAGAUGAUAGAUCAAAAGGAAGGGAUGAUGGUUGGAGUGAGAGAAAUAGGGAGCGUGAUGGUUCCCGAGAUGGGUGGAAAAGAAGGCAAGGGAACUUUGCUGACAAGGAAAUGAAAGAAGGUGAUACACCUUAUGAACAUGGCAGAGAGUGGGAAUUACCCAGGCGUGGUUGGAUUGACAAUGAAAGGCCUCGUUCUGGUGGUAGAAAAGAUGGAAAUAGGACAGAAGCUGUAAAAACUUCAUCAAAAUAUGGAAUUUCAAAUGAGAAUUAUGAUGUCAUAGAGAUCCAGACCAGGCCAUUUGACUACGGUAGAGAUGAGGUCAGACCUGACUUAGCAAGAACAAAUGAAUUUAAUCAGAAUACUGAUGCAAGAUUGGCUCCAGCUGAUGAGAGGAAUGCAUUUUCAAGGAAUGAUAGAGCAAGAAUUAUGUCCAGUUCAGACCAAUCUGGUCAAGAUUUGAAGGAUACAACAAUUGAUGGAUCAUACAGGGAUGAUGUUGAAUCUCUGGCAGAUAAAACAAGAGGCCAGAAAGAAGAUGCAUCUGGUCGUGCCACUGGUGGCCAAACUUCAAGUAAUGGUUCACAACCUCCACAUGGAAACCAGGAGCAGUCUUCCAUUAGUAGGGUUGUUCCACCUGGCGCUAAAGGAAGUAGAAUUGGGAGAGCAGGAAGAGGGAGGCCUACAGGGAGGGACAGCCACCAAUUGGGACUUCCAAUGCCAAUAAUGGGAUCAGCCUUUGGACCCUUGGGUAUGCCACCACCUGGGACAAUGCAAUCUUUGGCUCCUAACAUGUCACCUGCUCCUUGUCUUCCCAUCUCCCCUGGCGUUUUCAUUCCACCAUUUUCACCUCCUGUGGUUUGGCCAGGAACUCGAGGGGUCGAUAUGAAUAUGCUUGGUGUUCCACCUGGACUUCCUGUCCCGCCUGGGCCUUCUGGACCCAGAUUUCCCCCUAAUAUGGGGAACCUACCAAAUCCUGCGUUGUAUUUUAAUCAACCAGGCCCUGGAAGAGGAGCACCACCUAAUUUUUCUGGUCCUAAUUUUAAUACCUUAAUGCCGGCAGGUCGCGGACAGGUUCAAGAUAAGGGUCCUGCAGGUUGGGUGCCUCCUAGAACUAAUGCACCACCCGGCAAAGCUCCUUCGAGAGGCGAGCAGAAUGAUUACUCCCAAAAUUUUGUAGACACUGGCAUGAGGCCUCAAAAUUUCAUCAGGGAACUUGAGCUUACCAGUGUCGUCGAGGACUAUCCCAAGCUUCGGGAACUUAUACAAAAGAAGGAUGAGAUUGUUGCCAAAGCUGCUUCACCACCAAUGUAUUAUAAAUGUGACCUGCGUGAGCAGGAGCUGUCCCCAGAAUUUUUUGGAACCAAAUUUGAUGUCAUUCUUAUAGACCCCCCAUGGGAGGAAUAUGUUCAUCGAGCUCCUGGUGUCACAGACCAUAUGGAAUACUGGACGUUUGAGGAAAUAAUGAAUCUGAAGAUCGAGGCAAUUGCUGACACUCCAUCAUUCAUUUUCCUUUGGGUUGGUGAUGGCGUAGGGCUUGAGCAAGGGCGUCAAUGUCUGAAGAAGUGGGGAUUUCGCAGGUGCGAAGACAUAUGUUGGGUGAAGACAAACAAAUCCAACGCCGCUCCUGGAUUACGACAUGAUUCACAUACUUUGUUUCAGCGUUCAAAGGAGCACUGCCUUAUGGGCAUAAAGGGAACUGUUCGUCGUAGUACUGAUGGUCAUAUUAUUCAUGCAAACAUCGACACUGAUGUGAUUAUAGCUGAGGAACCUCCUUACGGAUCAACUGCAAAACCUGAAGAUAUGUACCGUAUUGUUGAGCAUUUUGCACUUGGCCGUAGAAGGCUUGAGCUCUUUGGUGAAGACCAUAAUAUUCGAUCUGGCUGGUUGACUCUUGGGAAAGGAUUAUCUUCAUCGAACUUUAAUGCUGAGUUCAGGCCUACACAAGGAAUUUUGCGGAUAAGGAUGGGAAAGUUUGGCAGGGCGGGGGAGGAAGAAAUCCACCUCCAGAAGCACCACAUCUUGUUGUUACAACUCUUGAUAUAGAGGCGCUUCGGCCCAAAUCACCAAUGAAGAAUCAGCAGCAAAUGCAGCAACAAUCAGCGUCGAUAUCUCUGACUGCCAACUCCUCCAACAAGAGGGCAGUUGGGAACUCACCCCAUGGCCAUAACGCACAAAACAUGAACCAAGAAGCCUCUAGCUCGAAUCCGGGCCCUUGGGCUUCUCCAAUGGAUAGUUUUAAAGGGAGAGAGAGUGGCACACACAUGAUUCCAGAUGAUAGGGUUUUUGAUAUGUUUGGAUACAACAAUGCGGCCUUUGGACAGCCUAAUGCCGAAUACUUGGAUUAUGAAUCUCACAGAGGAAUGAAUAUUUUGUAGCGAGGAAACCAUGUAAUUGUAUUAUUUUUCUAUAUGGUACUAUAUAAAUGGCAUGAAGAUGCCUUCAUUUCUUCUCUUUA